AUGAAUAGCAUAAAAAUAUUUGACAAGGACGAUUCUGCCUCAGUAGACCUUACUAAGCUUGCUUCGAAACGCUGGAAUGUCGAUCUAGUAGCUAGAAAUCGCAUUGGAUUAACCUCAAAUAUCCAAAAUGAUCACAACGUCCAUCCAGUUGGAUUUGUCGAUCGGGCUUUUCCCAUGACAGAAGCUACGGAACAAGAUCCUCAGCUGAAAGUUAAACGCAGUUGGGAUAUAGCUCUUGGUCCUCUUCGACAGCUUCCAAUGAAUCUGUUCUUCAUGUGGAUGACUGGCAACUCAAUCAGCAUUUUUCCAAUUAUGAUGGUCUUCAUGAUGUUUACUCGUCCUAUAAGUGUUCUCUUGUCCCUGCAAACAACGCUCAAAAUGAUCGAAGGAGACCAAGCAGUAAUUCAAUGUCUAGUUUUUAUUUUUGGUAAUCUUCUGGCAAUUAGUCUUGCAUUGUAUAAGUGUCAUAGCAUGGGAUUGCUUCCAACUUAUGCUUCUGAUUGGUUAUCAUUCAUACAGCCUUCACCCAGAACUGAAUGGUCUACUGGAGGGUUUUCUCUGUGA